AUGAUCGAGUACCUUGUGGAAAAGGAGGCUUCAGGCUUGAGGCUUGAGUACAUCGUUGUAGUCUUGUCCCCUGGAAAAAUGUACAUCUCGACAUCUGAAAGCGCGGGGCUUCUAUUCACAAAUAAAUCAUUCAAGAUAUUGCCUAUAGGAACCAAUUCGAUUUUGAGUAAGACAGGAAUCAUCUUUGAAACUUUGUAUGCUUUCCCAACGGAUUUCAGAAGCCGGUUGAGCCCAAAACUCGCGGGAUUACUCUUCAUCUCAUCAAAGAAGAUUGCUUUCUGCAGCGAGAGAUCAAUCAAGGUGGCUUCUCCUCAAGGAGAUCUCAUCAGGGUUCACUACAAAGUCUCGAUCCCUUUAUGCAAGAUCAAAGGAGUGAACCAGAGUCUCAACACCAAGAAUCCAUCUCUGAAAUAUCUUCAAGUAGUGACAGUCGAUGAACACCAAGAAUCCAUCUCAAAAAUAUGUUUAAGUCUCCCACUUCUGCUUCUAAAGGUUUUAAAAUGA